AUGGAUGCACUUCGAGAAGUUACAGCCAGAAUUGAGCGCCUAGAUCGUGUAGAUGCGAGUGCUCGCUUUGCAUUUGGUACCUCGUCCGCACUUGCAUCCGUUUCCGGGCCAAUAGAGGCAAAACUGGGCGUCGAAGCACCGUCCAAGGCGACGCUUGAUAUUCUCGUCCGCCCACUUAGUGGCAUACCAGGAAUCACGGAGAGACUGCUAGUCUCGAAUCUCCGGAACGUCUUCACACCCGCGAUAAUCCUCGGUGCACAUCCACGAACACUCAUCCAAGUCGUGAUACAAAAUCUCUCGCCUCCACCACCAAGUUCAAACUUUAAAAACUCGUUGUUUGAAACGAAUCCAUCAACGACCGCAGUGAUGGUCAAUGCGGCAUCCAUUGCAUUCCUGCAAGCAUCAUCACUUCCUCUUACUGGAGUUAUUGUGGCUGUAGCCGUUGGAGUUAGCUUGCAUGAUGGUGAACGAGUUAUUCUCGUUGACCCCGAAGAUUCGGAACUGGAGACUCUGGUGGCUGGAGGAGUGUUUGCAUUUCUAUCAGCACAACCAAAUGCUGCUGACCCAAAUGACUUCUCAAAGGCAAAAGUCGUCUGGUCGUUCUGGGAUGGAACAUUUAGACCAGCUGAAGUAUCGCAGGCAGAGGUACUGGCUCGCGCUGCCGGAUUCAAAGUUCUUCGGACAUUUUACUCUGUCAUAUUCGAAGGAAAUAGUCCCUCAAUGGAACUUGAUUGA